AUGACUGCCGCACCAUACUCGGGGUCCUACCCCCCGCCACGGCCUGCUACCGUGGAGCCCCUUGCGAUGGCCUCGGCGUGGGCCUCGGCGAAUCCCCCGUCCACCCUCCCCCCUCCCUCGCAGGCAAACGGGUACCCGAAGCCGUACUUCCCCCCCCCGCCGCCCUCGGCCCCAUCCCCCGCCCAGGCCCUUUCAAAGGAGGAGGAGGACCGGGCGCAGUUGGAGAAGAUUAUCCGUCUACGCCGCGAGCUCGAGCGGGAGCAGGAGCGGGAGCAGCAGACGUUGCGCGAGUUGCACACCUGGGGAUGCGUCGAAUGUACCUAUCGUAAUGAGUUGGAUCGAACGGAGUGUGAGAUGUGCGGUAUGGGACGGCCAGGCCUCGUGAAACGGAAUUCCACACCCAUAGCCACUGCAAGGAGGAAUGAACCGACUGCUAUACAUACCUCCCUUCCUUCGCAAGCUCCAGGGCCGAUGACAGCUUGGCAGUGCGAUAUCUGUCUUGCCCCGAACGAGGCCACUAGAGAGAGGUGCAAGAUGUGUAGCGCUUUCCGUAAAAAUGGAAUCCCUCCCAGGGCUACCUAUGAAAACUUGUCGAAUCGAGUUUGUCAGCAAACUACGGCUGCCAAAGCUACCGUUACGUUACACACCAAAUGGCGCUGCAGCAUCUGCGCAACCAUUAACGAGUUCUCGUGCUCGAACUGCACGGCCUGUAAUAGCUACCAACGUAAUGGUAUUCCGCUUACAGAAGAAGGCAAUGCUGCCAUGGGUUCUUCAGCCGGUGGUGGUGGUGCGUACAGCACGAAUAGCCUUGCUGACUCAGCAUCGACAUUGCCUACCAAUUGGGCAUGCUCAGUAUGCAGUUUAGAAAAUCCAGUAAGCGUAGCAGUAUGCAAAGCGUGUGAAAGUGGGCAGCGGCCACGCCACUUGGCCCCAAAGGACACAUCAAAAAACAAGUUUUCUGCGUCGACCACCGCUUCGACAGGUCUACAGGGCAAAAAUGAGUUCUCAGGGAGAGAAUCUAAUCGAGCUGGCCCCACUGAGUGGCCAUGCUCGACUUGCACCUUUGUGAACCGCAUUGAGUUAAACAAGUGUGAUAUGUGCGGCGACACACGCCCACAGAAGUACGGCCUAUCCGCAACGGAAACUAGCAAGCAGAAUAAAAAUCGUGAGGAAGAAAGCGAUGAGGAUGAAGUACAGUGGCAAGAGAACCACGUGGCUAAGGUGUGCAAUCGAUGCCAAAAUGAAUUUGGGUUAAUGCGGCGCCGCCAUCAUUGUCGUAUAUGCGGCUACGUUUUCUGUGCGACGUGUUCGCCAUUUCUUAUAGUACUAAAGAAAGGCUCAGAGCCAGUGCGCGCGUGUGCUCAAUGUUACGAAGCUAGAAAAGAGAAAGGGUGA